GGGCUAUGUAAACCGUUUGCUACGUGAUCGGAAACUGGUGACGUAUCGUCAUCGUAAUGGUUGACGAAGCUACAAAGAAAACUCUUGCUGCGAUUCCACUUCUCAAAACAAGAGCUGGUCCUCUAGAUGGAGACAUGUGGAUACAAAGGCUCAAGGAGGAGUACCAAGCCUUAAUAAAAUACGUGGAAAAUAACAAAGCAGCAGACAACGAUUGGUUUCGCAUUGAAUCAAAUCAACUUGGGACUCGUUGGUAUGGAAAAUGUUGGUAUAUACAAGAUAUGAAGAAGUAUGAGUUCGAUUUGAACUUCGAUAUACCUGUUUCAUAUCCCAGCACUAACCCAGAACUUGCCUUGCCUGAGCUUGAUGGAAAAACAGCGAAAAUGUAUAGGGGCGGAAAAAUAUGCCUUACGGAUCAUUUCAAACCCCUAUGGAGUAGGAACGUCCCUAGAUUCGGGAUCGCACAUGCAAUAGCACUUGGUUUGGGUCCUUGGUUGGCCGUAGAAAUACCUGAUUUGAUAUCAAAAGGAAUUGUUAAACACAGAGAUGAUCAGUAAUAUAUGUAUUCACAUACUUAAUUUGAUAUACUGACAUUGUUUUUUUAUUGUGGCACAUAAAUUGGCUUUUGUAAUAAUUUAUAUGAACUCAGUUUUAGGGAUUGAUAGCUCAUAAUUCAGCACUAACAUUCAAAAGAUCGCCUUCAUCAGCAAAAUGGUCUUUUGUAAUUGCAAAACAAACCAACGACAUUGCUUUGAUUUCCUUGCAUAUGUUUAGCACUACAUGAUAAUUUUCUUGUCCAAUGUAUGAAGAAGCCUAUUAAUUUCUAAAUGCCUUUUUCCAUGUAUCUAGUAAGACAUGUUUUAGUCUAAACGCGUCGUAAGUUGAACUAGGGUUCGGUUGCUA